ACGAAGAAAACAAGCGGGGCAAAUUUUCGAGGUCGUUGGACGUGGCGGAGUGCCAGGAGUCCCCCCACUUGCUGUAUUCAACUAUGACCCCAACGCCCCCUUGAUCAAGAUGUGCCUUGGGUACCUUGAUUAACGACUGGCAAGUCCGUGAGUUCCGCGAGUCGCACGACUUGAUACUUAUGAGCCAUCAUUGCAGCUUGUGGUCCGCCCUCAGCAUGAGAGACUCGGGUGUUCUGUGCAUGAAUGCAUGGACCAUGAUUUUUGGCUCGAUUUUCUGUAUCAUGACGAAUGCGCGGUCCCCAAGUGCUUGGAAGUGGGAAGGAACCGGUACACUCAUCCAGUUGAGCCAUGCAAUAUUUCUUCUAUGUGAUGCACUGAACUACCGCUGGCCGAGAUUCGCGUCCACCCAGCAAUGGUCUCAUCAGCCUAGUAACGGUCGGUCCAGGCUUGUCCAGGCUAAUGCUUGGUAUUGCUUAUCACACGACACAGAACUCAACUAUGUACAUAGUGGGGACGAAACUGGAGUUAUAUAUCUAUUUCAAGCUCAGUCCAUCAGCAGCACUCAAUUGACAUCCACCGCCUCCCUCACUCCUGGCCGCUGGAUGUUCGCAGCCCCCUCGAGAUUUUCCCAUGAUCUACAUGCAGGCAAUCGAUCAUCGUUGCCUCACGUUUCAUAUGAACUGCUGCGAAUCGGCCAGCGCAACUGUGUGCUAGCGAUAACGGUGGCAAGAAACGCACUCGACUGGCAGACAAGGGCUGGAGUCAAGGAAGAAUCUUACUGACAUUGGAUGUUAUAUUUUUGUUCGUCGUAGAUCUAGGGAUUUCAGACACUCUAUUAUAGUGAUUGUCGCCGUCUUGACGCCGAGUCUUCUCUUCUUGGGUUUUACCCAACUGCGCACUUGCCCUCUGGUGUCCAAGGGAUGGACACUAGCUGGUAAGUGUGCCGUUACUAAUACCAGACGGCUGAACCCGCUGCAUCUGAUGUUUGCCUUGGUGAUCUGAUUGUUCGUAAUUCCCCAGUAUUACAGAAGCGGUCGUGGAGAUUCACGAUUGAUGAUACAUGAUCGAUAACGUGUAAUAGUACAAG